AUGGGGGACACUCGAGCUCCUGCAACACGCACAGAGCAUCCGGAUUUAUAUGAAGUUGCAGUUGACUAUUCAGAAGAUGAAGACUAUGACCCGGAGGCGGAUGAGGUCGAGUCGUUCGAUGACCAUGUCGACGACUUGUUUGCUGCGCAUAAAGUUGAACGUCAAGGCAAUGCCAACAACGAAAAAAAGGACACCGAUUUUUGGGAAGUUGAUGUCAUCGAAAACGGUGUGACUUCUUGUAUGGAGCUGACUGUUAAGGAGGCAUUAGCACUUCCUCCUAGAAGGAAGAUCGUACUCCAACAUAACAGAGAGUUGCAACAAGUUGGUCAGGCAGCCGGCCUAUUGAGCGGGUUCUUGGGGACUUUGGGGGUUGAUUUUCAACAGUUACCAAUUUGUGAAACUAGUUGGAAGAGAAUGAACAAGGCUUUCAAGGAGCAUGCAUUUGACCAGGUUAAGCGAGUCUUUCACUAUGAGGACGAUGGAAGAGGAAGAAUAAAGCGAAAAAUUAUACAAAGAAUAGGAAGAUCCUGGAGGAACACAAGAAAUCUUUUGUUCCAUAAGGUUUAUGACAAAGAACUGACUUUUGAGGAAAAUGUCAAUCGUAAACCACCAGGAAUAGAUGGAAAUCACUGGAAAUGGUUUCUUGAAUAUCAGUUGAAGGAGGACACACAUGUAACAAAUAUUGAGUUGAUUGAAGCAAUUGAACAUAUUGAGGGCCAAGACGCCUCUAGUAAGGAGCUUUCACAAAAUGAUUCCCUUGCACAAGUGUUUGGAAAGGAGCACCCAGGACGAGUUUGUGGACUAGGUUUCGGUCCAUGUCCCACUCAAUAUUUUCGUAAUAUUCCACAGCAGUCUAACUCCGGUGUGCAGAUUGAGGAGUAUCAGAUGAAGAUUGUAAAACUUAAGGCGGAGGCAGCAGAAGUCAAGGCAGCGACAACAGAGGAAAAGGCAAAGAGACAGAGAAUGGAGGUAGAGGCAGCAGAAGAGAAGCGGUUAACAACUGCAGCCAUCUACAAGCAGCCCUAUUCACGUUUUAGUAGCGGUUAG